CCUGCCCCUGUCUAGCAGAUGCACCGUAUGUGACGCCAUAGCAGCUGCAAGUGCGUGCCCGCGCAGAGGUGCCAGCGACGGUCUUGGUUGGCGAGCCGAGGCCGUCCCUGCAGCUAAUUCGGUGGCCACGGCGCUACUUGGCCUGCAUUUGUCAAGAGCCACUCACCUGUUGGCUCAUACCUGCUCGCGGGCAUGUCGUGCGGGCGCUCUGCCAUGGCCUGCGGCCGAUUGGCGUCCCGCCUUGCGGGUGGAUAUAAUAAACCCCGCGGCACGCCUGCCCCUGUCGUCACUCCCGCCAGCUCCCCGGCACCAGCAGCUGUUUCAACCGCCCCCCACACUCUCCGCCGAGCAUCACGACAACAGCACCGGUGCUACAAGUACUACUCCCCUCGGUCUCGUUUCGGAACCUCCCCUACGCAGAACUCAACCACCACGCCGGUAGACACACCUACGCGCACCACCACCAUGUCGUCCGCCGCAGAAGCGACCAAGGCCCACGAGGCGCUUCUCAAGCGCAACCCCCACGGCAACUUCGGGGCCGUCGAGGCCUCGCGCCCGCCCUUCGACGCGGCCGCCUCGCUGCGCUACACGCAGACGCCGCAGCCCGGCUGGAAGCAGGGCGGCGGCGCCAACCAGUUGCAGGCCGUCGCGCCAGCCGACCACAUCACCAUUGCGCCGUACGAGGAGGGGCGGGCGGCGCACCUCAACUACAAGCUGCUCAUCAGCGCCAUAAUCCCGCGACCUAUCGCCUUCGUGUCCACGGUCGGCAAGGAUGGGUCGGGCGAGGAGAACCUGGCGCCCUUCUCGUACUUCAACAUGAUCAACCACGACCCGCCCCUUUUCGUCGUCGGCUUCGCCAGCCCGUCCGAGGGCGCCGCCGCCAAGGACACGGUCCGCCACCUGUCCGAGACGGGCGAGUGCGUCAUCAACAUCAUCUCGGAGGGCUACGUCGAGGCCGCAAACGCCGCGUCGGUCAACGCCCCCGGCGACGCGUCCGAGUGGCUCAUCUCGGGCCUGACGCCCGCCCGCGACACGGUCGACGUCAGGCCGCCCCGCGUCAAGGAGGCCAUCUUCAGCAUCGAGGGCAAGGUCGAGAGCCUGCGUGAGUUCAAGAGCAAGGCCGUCGCCGGCAAGACGUCGGGCACCAUGGCCGUCAUCGAGGGCGUGCGCUUCUGGGCCCGCGGCGACGCCAUCAGCGAGGCGCGGGACAUGAUCGACCCUGCUGUCCUCCGUCCCAUAAGCAGGCUUGGCGGCAUCACCUACGGCCGGACCACAGAGGCCUUUGAGCUUCCCAGGCCAGAUUUCGAAAAGGACGUGGGUGGACAGGAGGGCAUGGCCAAGCUCAAGGACGUUGCAGCAGCCAAGAAGUAGACCUCUUUUGUGAGUGGCCUCCUACACAACGCCGCAGCAUCAUAAACUGCCUACCCAUAGAAAGUCAGCAAUAGAAAGAAUAAAGAAAUAAAGAUUCAGCAAAACUAAGCGGAUCG